AUGCGGCGAAUUUUGUGCAUGUUCAAACGACUAAGCGUACCUACUUCUGGAUCAGCAAGGAGGAGAGCACGAGAGCGAAGACGAGCCAAGCAAACGCGUAUUGAGGGUGAGCGGUUAGCGCGCGAGCGUCGCGAACUGCGGCUAAAAGAGAAGAUUGAACAGCAGCGGAAGGCUCGCAAAGAACUGGCGUCGUAUGAGCCGUGGGGUCGCGCAGGUGGUGGCGCGCCCAACCCACACGGUAUUCGCUUUACCGACUUGCGAUCACGCGGCAUAUAUCCUGAAGACGAGUUAAAGGGUAUAUCAACGCAUGAAGUAUUGCAUCGCUGGUCGACACCGAAAAGACGACAAACCCGCAAGCCAUUACGACUACGUGAAGAUCCUCAAUUGAUCUUUGCAGAACAAUUACGACGUGCCGUUGAUAACAAUAUACGAUACAAGCAGAUUAAAGAUCAGCAGAAAAUAUAUAAAGACGUUUUAGAUGAUAUGGUUGUUAAAAAGAAGAAAGCUAUUAAAGAUGAAAUGAAACAGAAUUUGGAGUAUGAGCAUAAAAUGGGAUGGACAAACAAUGAAAUUUUUAAUAAACUGAAAGGGGAACACUGUAACUACAUGAGAUCUUCGCUUACUUUACCAAAAGUAAAGAGAGAUGAUGAUUUAAUAGAUCAAAGUUUAUUCGAUAAGGAAAAUACUAAAUCAUCAAGUGUUGAAAAGUUGCCCGAAAUCACGAAACAGAUAAGUCCAAAUAUCAGUGGCAGAGACAAAGUAAAAAUAUCUGAAGGUGAUCAUGCAUUAAGGAAAUCAAACGACACCAAUGUGAAAAACGGCAAAUCAAAAAAGAGUCCCAGAAAAACUCAAUUUGUUAAACGUUUGUGUAAUGGAGAGCGAGUAACGAAAAUAAAAAUAGACGAUCAAGGUAUCAAUACGAGUUCUAACAAUAUAAUAGAUACGAAGCCAACCCCGGAGGGUACAAUACUCAGAUUGACCGGAGGCAUAGAGCUUGUACCACUUUUAGCUCGACGCAGACGUAUUGGCGCGUGCACUUUACAUUCUAGUGAUGUCACACGACCUCCAGAACAGUCUUGUCAAUGGCGCGAUAUGCUUGACGUGGAUUAUUUGAGACAUUUAAAACAUCAAAUGCAAGUGAAAUGUGAGCAGAAAGAGGAGAGCCGACUAGCCUCAGCUGAGAGUGAAAGAAUGCAUCACGCUACAUGGUCGUCUCUAUGGGGCCGGCCGGGACACGGGGCGCCACAGCUGCGUGGUCGUUAUGCCAGGAAUAACCUCGCGCAGUUAUUAUAUUUUCCAGUUCUAACCAAUACAUAG